AAGACACCUAACAAAAGCUUUUAGGUAUGUCUCGUGAACAAUGAGGGUGGACAGGUGCGGUAACAAUUUAUUUGGUUCAGCAAUUGCGCCCACUAAGAAAACUAGAAGACAAAAACCUGGCCAUUGAGAACAUCCCAGUUGCUUGGUCCAAGGGAGAGAGGUUUUGCCAUGGCGGUAACACCACAUCUGAUCGUCUUCCCCUUCAUGGCACAAGGCCACACCCUCCCACUGCUCGACCUCGCAAAGAUGCUUUCCUAUCAGGGCGUCAAGGUCACCAUCUUCACUACGCCCGCCAACGCUCAGUCCAUCCUCCACAGCCUCUCUCAAACGCCAAACGUUGGGCUUGAGGUAAUGGACUUCCCACUCUCUCAGAAUCUCCCUCCUCAUUGCGAGAACACCAACCAACUCCCCUCCAUGGACCUCUUCGUCCCUUUCUACCUCGCCACCAAACGUCUUCGGCAGCCCUUCGAACUAUCCCUACAGAAGAUGGUCGACUCCGGCGACGUCGUCCCUCCUCCUCUCUGCAUCAUCUCCGACUUCUUCCUCCCUUGGACCCUCGACUCCUCUUCCAAGUUCAACAUCCCCAGAUUGGUGUUCCAUGGGUUGAGUGCCUAUGCCACCUGCGUCUGCAAGUCCAUUGAAUCAAACAAGCCUCAUAAGAAUGUGCUCUCGGAUUCCGAGGCCUUCGAGGUUCCCGGGUUGCCCACCAAGGUCGUGCUCACCAAAUCCCAGAUCCCCAUGCCAUUAAUAAACGCUUCUGAUGAGACCAACCCGUUCGCGGAGGUCGUCGCCGAAUGUGCCCAAGCCGAGCUCCGGAGCCACGGCGCCAUACUCAACACCUUCCUCGAGCUCGAGCCGCUCUAUGUGUCUCACGUGCUGUCCCGUUACUACCGGCGUGUCUGGUGCCUGGGCCCCGUUUCCCUAUUCAACGAGGUGGCGGAAAGGAGGCGGGCUGACGUGAGUUCCCACGUCUGGAAUACGUGCACCAGUUGGCUGGACGCCCGCGGAGGUCGCCCGGCGUCCGUCAUCUACGCCUCCUUCGGGUCGCAAGCACCCGCUGCGAACAGCCAGCUGACGGAGAUCGCGCGGGGGCUGGAGGCCAGCGGUUGCCCGUUUGUGCUGGUAGUAAGGUCGAAAGCAUGGGAGGCGCCCGCUGGGUUCGAAGAGCGUCUGGCCGGAAGGGGGAUGCUCUUGAAGGAGUGGGCACCACAGUUGAUGAUCUUGUCCCAUCCCGCCGUGGGUGGUUUCUUGACACACUGCGGCUGGAACUCGGUCAUGGAAAGCCUCUCGGCUGGGGUGCCCAUGUUGACUUUGCCCCUCAUGGCAGAGCAGCCUCUGAACGAGAAGAUGGUGGUCGAUGACCUUGGAGCUGGAAUCCGGACGGUGACUCCCACGGGAGGAGUGGUGGCGCGGGAGACGGUGGGCAGGAGAGUGGUGGAGCUGAUGCUGGGGGAAGAGGGCUGUCGCGCGAGAGCCAAGGCGAUGGAGAUCGGCUGCGCUGCGAAGAGAGCUGUCGGGCCGAGCGGGUCGUCUCGCACUAGCCUGAGCUCUUUGGUGAGCCAUCUACGCGCAGGAGUUUCCAUGUGAUGCCGCCAAAAAUGAACGUGUUCUUGAAUAAGUUACGGUUGGUGCUGGUGAUCGUGAGCAAAGUAAAGUAUCCUGCUAUUACUCGUCGUCCAUUACUCAAAAGUUUAGUUUUAUAUUUAAAAUUAUGAGUUAUUUUCAAGACACUUUUAUUGUUAAAGUGGGUAAUAGUUAUGGUUUCUUUCUAAAUCAAAAUUGUUAGGGAUUAAGAGUGGGUUGGGUUUAUCAAGUAGAGAAUAAAUGGUGCGCCACCCACAUGAUGUUCUUGCUAAAUUGCAUUGCUUCGUACAAUCGAUUGAACUUAUUAUAUUUGGAGAUGGAUGUAAAUGUUGAAAAAAAAAGUU